AUGCUAUCCUCCAUCUCCAUCACCCUCUAUCCCUUUUCUUCUUCCUUCCUACACCAGCUCCUUCUAUUGUUGGUGGUUCUAAUCCCAAUUAUAUCAGAAAAAACGAUGGAAACACUAACCUCAUCUGCUGCAUCUCCGGCCAACUAUGACGAGAUCGCUAUGCAGCAAACAUUGCUAUUUUCCGACAGUUUGAAGGAUUUAAAGAAUCUGAGAAAACAACUGUAUGCAGCUGCUGAAUACUUUGAAUUAUCUUACACCAAUGAUGACCAAAAACAACUAGUGGUUGAAACCUUAAAAGAUUAUGCAAUCAAAGCUCUGGUGAACACAGUUGACCAUUUGGGUGCUGUGUCAUGUAAGGUCAACGACCUUUUAAGUGAAAAAGUGAAUGAAGUUUCAACAACGGAGCUUCGAGUAUCAUCUAUUCAACAGAGACUAAGAGUAUGCCAGGGGUGUUUUGAUCAUGAAGGCUUAGCACAACAGUCUUCAUUGAUAAAUAUUCCAAAGUACCAUAAAAGAUAUAUCUUGCCAGUUGGAGAGACAAUGCAAGGUGGUAUAAGAACAAAAUCAAAGUACCAAGGAUGCAGUUUGGAUGAUGAAGACGAGUGGCAUGAAUUCAAGAAUGCUGUUCGUGCAACAAUCAAAGAAAAAGAAACACCACCAUCUUUGGCCAGCAAAAGACGAUCCCCGUCUCCUACACCCCAACAACCAGGAUCGUUUGCUUUCACUGCUGCAGUCACAAGAAAAGAUUUAGAAAAAAGAUCAAUUUCACCACGAAGAUUUUCUCUUUUGCGUACGGGUUCUUUGUCUAGUAGGCCAACAACCCCAAAUUCAAGAUCGACUACUCCUACUAAUCGCAGUAGGCCAACAACUCCAACCACGGUUUCCCGACAAAUGCUUUCGGAGCCUAGGAAAUCGGCUUCAAUGCGUAUGCAUGCUGACAGAGAAACAAAUAGAGAGACAGACCAGAACCAGAACCAGAUUCCAAGCAAAAGUAAACGGCUACUCAAGGCAUUGCUUAGUAGACGCAAGUCUAAGAAAGAUGACAUGCUUUACACUUAUUUGGAUGAAUAUUAAAGAAAAAGCUCAGGUCAAAAGUUGGCAUACACAUGUGCUUGUUGUAAUCUUUGUUCAAGUCAUCAAGUGAUAGAAUGUAUUAUUUUUAUUAUUCUCGUGAACAACAUUAGGUUUCUAAAUUCUCAUCAUCAUUAUAUAACAUAAUGUUUAAUCAAUGUUACACACACAUGUAUCUCGAAAUCCAGAUAUCAUUAUGCUAC